GAGAGAGAGAGAGAGAGAGAGAGAGAGAGAGAGAGAGAGAGAGAGAGAGAGAGAGAGAGAGGGGUAUUGAAAGGGGAGAUCUGGAUUCGGUUGGAGAAGGUGGACGGAGUGAGUUGUAAGAGAGUAUGAAGGAUCCAGCGGCGAAGACGGCGGAAAGGAGAUCCAGCGUCAAGGAACCGACGGCGGGUAGUGAAGAAGCGAUGCAGGACAGAAUGGCAAGCAUUGAAGAGGAUCUUAUGCAAAAGGUAGCUGCUGGCGGCAGCGACCACGAAUUCCAGCCAUUGAUGAAGCAACUCAACAAGAAGAUGUUACCUGGAGUCUGUUCCUCUCUUGCCAAACAGGUCGUCUCUGCAGUCACAAAGCUUUCAGAGGAUAACGGUCGGAGGCCGGACGGUGAAACAGAUAUGGACAUGACCCCUUCGAAAGCAAAGGAGAUGUCACAUGCUGAUGAGACCCUGAAAGCUGUGCAAGGAGGAGCCAAGCUUCUGCGGCUUAUUUUGGAGAAAUUCGGACUGGAAAGUCAUACAGCAGCAGAUCUUCUGGCAACUGCUGUCGCUCUUCAUAAUGCUUUGCUGUGUGUAGACGACCCCGAGGUGCAGGAUAUUAUUCUUUGCAUCUGUGAGUUCUGGUGGGAAUCUAAUCUGGAUGGCCGCGAAAAAUUGAUAACUUUGUCACUGCCUCUGCUUUUGGCAAACUCGUUAGACCAAGCCACAGCAGCAGACAUUUUGCGGGUUUAUAACAUGAGGGAGGCCCUGAAGCUGCUAGACUUUGAUGAUGAAGAAAGUAUCGCAUCUGUGAAGGAACUACUUUUGAGGUGUUCUUUCUCGCCAUGGUAUCACAAAUCUUCUGAAGGACGGCGGUUCAUUGCCUUCUUGUUUGGCAUCCAUCCUCAGACUCUUCAGGAUGAUCUGACUGAGAUGACCCGCAAGUACCAUGACUUGACCAAGGAGGUGGCUGACCUGCGACAAGCCGAAGUGGCCAACCCUCUCCCUCUACCCCCGGGGACCGCAGCUGCAAUCGAAACUACUUCUGCCCCUCUUACUGUAUCUUCUUCUACCUCUUCUUCGAGUGUGAUGGUAACCUCCUCAGGACCUGAAGCAGGUGCAGAUUCCACUGUUGCUGUAACAAGCAAUGAGGCUGGAACUUCUGCAAUUGUUGCAGCCCCAAGACCGGAACCAGCUGCUGCUGGUCCCAGCCACGCUUGUCCCUAUGUGGACCGGAAGGCGGUUCAAAUACUGUCCAAGUACGAUGGCAAGGAAGACAUCGAGUCCUGGAUCGGCUCCAUGAGAGCUUACUUUGAGAUCCUGGGGACUCAAGCUGAGACCCAGGCAGUUAUCAUGGGUAUGAAUGUCGAGCCAAUCGUACGGGGCUUCCUAGAAGUCCAAGCAACGCGGGCUGGGUUUCAAAAGUCUGCACUAGCGAAAUGGCUAAGGUCCACCCCGGUUGCCUCCCUCGAAGAACUCCUUAUCUCAGAAUACCAGGAUCCACAUGUUGCUGCUAAAGCAAGGAUUCAACUGGACAAAGUAAAGCACAACAAGUGGAAUGGCUCCAUGAAAAGCCUGCAGACCUAUCUAAGCAAGCUGUUUGCCACUCCUGGUUUGGAAUUGUCCACUCAAUCUUGCUUAGAUGUGGUCAAGGGCGCGGUUCCCACUAACUUYACUAGUCGCCUGGSYAGGGACUACAUUGCUUAUACUGACUGGCUUGCCUUAAUGAAGGAUGUAGUCAGUSUGGAGGCCAUGGACCUCGUUAGCACGGCAGGCAGCAAAAAGCCCAUGGGCGGCAGACGGUUCAAGGGCAGCAACCGUUUUGCUGUGCAUGACCUGCUGGAGGCCGAAGGAGAAGCCGAUGCGGUUGACCCCACUCUUGAUUCGGUCGUCUCUAUACGCGACUUGCGACCGGACUUUGGUGAUCCCUUUGCUGAUUCCCCACCCCCACCUGUCCCAUCAGACAUCCAAGCCCUCCUCGAUCGGUUUCCRGAAGUCUUGGCUGAGCCACGUGGAGUCCCCACGCGACCGGUCCGACACACCAUCGARUUGRUCGAGGGUGYWGUUCCUCCAAAGGGCUGCGUGUACCGUAUGGGACCUGGCGAGUUGGAGGAACUCCGGCGGCAGAUCGAUGAGAUGAUUGACAAAGGGUGGAUCAAACCAAGCGAAUCUGAAUUUGGUGCUCCUGUGUUGUUUGUGCCAAAGAAAGGAGGCAAACUGCGCAUGUGUAUUGACUAUCGCGAUUUAAACCGCAUCACAAGAAAGAAUGCUUACCCAUUGCCGUGUAUAGAUGACUUGCUUGACGCUGUAGGCGGGUGCAAGGUCUUCUCGAAGAUCGAUCUCAAGUCUGGCUACCACCAGAUUGAAGUCGAUCCUGCGGACCAGCACAAGACUGCGUUCAAAACGCGCGACGGGCUCUAUGAGUUCACCGUAAUGCCCUUCAGACUUACGAACGCACCAGCCACGUUCCAAAGCCUCAUGGACAAGGUCCUCCGCGAACAUAUUGGCCGGUUCGUGGUAGUGUACCUGGACGAUAUCCUGAUUUUCAGCAAGUCCAUGGAGGAACACCUCAAGCAUCUUGAGGAGGUACUUGCUGUCCUCAAGAAGACGCAACUCCAUCUCAACUUGGAAAAAUCUGAGUUUGGGAAGGAUAGCAUCAUCUAUCUUGGGCACCGGUUGUCUGCUGCAGGCCUAGAGCCUGAGGCAACCAAGAUUGAGGUCAUACGCGAUUGGCCUCAACCUGUGAACAUUCGUGAAUUGCGUUCUUUUCUUGGUCUCGCGUCGUACUAUCGGAAGUUUGUACCCCGUUUUUCUAUCAUUGCUCAUCCAUUAUCGCGACUAACCGGCAAGAAUGUGUCUUAUUCUUGGGAUGCCACGUGUACGGAAGCGUUUCGAACUCUCAAGGAAGCCUUGGUAAGUCAUCUGGUACUCCUCAUUGCAGACCCCAAACUGACCUUCGUAGUUACUACGGAUGCAAGUCAGUAUGGGAUCGGUGCGGUGUUGCAACAAGAUGACGGCGAUGGCCUGCGGCCACUCGAGUACUACAGCAAACGCAUGCCCAGCGUAAAGGUAGCCACUUCCACCUACAUGCGCGAGCUUUACGCUUUGCACAUGGCAUUGGAUCACUGGAAACAUUACCUUUUGGGACGCCACUUCAAAGUGUUCUCAGAUCAUGAGACCUUGAAGUGGAUCAAAAUGCAGACUACUCUGUCCCCUACCUUACUUCUCUGGUUUCAUGAGAUUGACAUCUUUGAUUUUGAAUUGAGACAUAAAAAGGGCUGUUACAAUCGAGUCGCUGACGCUUUGUCUCGCCACCCUGAGUACAUGACUUGCCUUGUGAAAUCCUACGACCUCCGGAAGCAGUUGAAGGAGGACCUCGUAGAGCAGACAACCAAGGACCCGGAACUCAGUUCCAUCCUUGAGCAGCUGCGGGCUGAUCCUAUUGGUCAGCCUGAUUUCCACGAGUAUGGAGGACUGAUUUUUCGCCGAUACGGGAACCAUGACCGUUUGUGUGUACCCAACCAUGAGCCUCUCCGCACACACUUUUUGGACUUGGCUCAUGGCCGGAGCGGGCACUUCGGUAUGGCUAAAACGUACGCUAAUUUGCUGAGACAGUUUGAUUGGCCUGGCAUGAAAGGGACUGCUGAGAAAUUUAUAGCUGAAUGUCAAGUCUGUCAACGAAUCAAACCAUGCAGACAAAAGCCCGUGGGGCUACUCACACCCCUACCCAUUCCUGAUGGUCCCGGGGAGUCCGUCUCCAUCGAUUUCACUGACAUGGGUAAGGUAAACAAGAACGGGUUUUCACAAGUCAUGGUGAUUGUUGACCGGUUUUCAAAGUUUCUCAAUCUAAUUCCUUUACCGCCUCACACCCCAACAGAUCUAGUGAUUCGCGAAUUCCAACAGAAAUACCUGUUGCAAUUCGGAACCCCGAAGACUCUUGUGAGCGAUCGGGACCCACGUUUCAUUAGCACUGAAUGGAAGGAGUUCACGUCCCACCUUGGAAUCAAACUGUGCAUGACAUUUGGCCGACACCCCGAAGCCUACGGGUUGGCUCAGGAGAUCAACCAGACUGUAUUCCAACUACUCCGUGCGUUGAUCAUUCCUGAUCAGGAAACAUGGGAUGAGGAGCUGUAUUUUGUCAAGGGGUUGUACAACAACUCCGUCCAUUCUGCCACCGCCACGACACCUAACAGGCUGCAUUACGGGUGGCAGAUCCGUAAUCCGCUCUCCUACUUAUUCCCUGAACAGCCAGCUGGUUUAACACCCGGCAGGCCCGGCUUCAGGGCUAAGUAUGAUCGCUUGCUCAAAGUUGCUGUUGCAGCUAUGACCAAGCGACAGCAUGCCAUGAUUCAUCAUGCGAACAAGAAGCGCAAACCAUCGGAGAUUCAGGUAGGAAGUUACGUCUGGGUAAAGAUGUCUGAAUUCUCAGAGGAGGAGGGAGUCUCACGCGAACUCCUCCCACUCUACUACGGGCCUUGGGAAGUUUUGGAUGUAAUUGGGGAAGAUCACUUUGGCCCUUCGUAUGUUGUCGACAUGCCAGCUCACCUGCGCACGUAUCCCGUGUUUCAUGCAUCUAAACUGAAUCUCCAUCGUGACGCUGAGACAUUCGAUUACCUCGAAGAUAUGAUCCCUCGCGUAAUCAAGGGCGGGCAUGAGAUAGAUAGAAUCAAACAGCAUCUGGUCAAAGAACUGAUUGUUGUGCUGAGAUCUCAGAUACCCAUUUCACGACAUACUACGCUCGAGGUUUAUGGUGAGAUUCUGUAUAGAGGAUGGAGGGAGGCUGUUGGACCUUGUUUGUAUGAAAUCGAGUACACUUGCAUACAGGGAUUCAUAGCUGCUGCAGUUGUUGCAAAAAAGGCAGAGUUUGCUUCAUCCUUGAGAACAGUUCUAAAGGGCUUGACCACCCAAAAGACCCAGCCAGGGGUUGAUGAGAUGCUUCUCCGCUUAUCUGAACCCAUUCUGUUCCGCUCCCUAAAGAUGCCCAAUCCUGAUGUUCGGCGGAAUGCAUUAUGCCUAUUUAUUGACAUGUUUCCUCUACACCAUCCUGAUGAUCUUCGACAAGACGAGGAGAUGCUAUACGAGAAACAAUAUGGGCUCCUGCUAGAGCUGUUGGCAGAUGAAGUACCGAGUGUGCGCGUAGCUGCUGUGACCGGUGUUUGCUCAAUCCUCAGGCAGAUGUGGGAGCUAGUCCCGACUGAUACAACACUGAAGUUCCUGAAAGUUCUGGUGGACACUAUUGCACAGGAUUCGUCGAGCUCUGAUGUUCGUGUUGCCUUGGCAGAAGGGAUGAUUCGGAUUUUGGAGAAUCCAUUAAGCCAUUCGGUUCUGCGGGCUUUCCUCCCCAAGCUUGUUGACAUGGUGGCUGAUCCAAAUAUCUCCGUUCAAAAUUCAUCGCUGAAGCUUUUCAUUGCUGUCAACCGUACAGAGAGUUUUGAUCUCCUUCAGGUACUGAGCCUGGAGGACCACCUUGCUAUCCUUGCCAACGCACGACCAGCGAACACGCAGAGCAUUAUGAAGCUUCUUAUGCAAUCUUUCUUUGAGAACCAAAAGACGGUUUCCAAUAUGGCACAGAAGCUAAUCGUGCUGAUUGAGAAAAAUCCAGCAGCAGCUACAAUGUUUUGUCGAUGUUUGAAGACAGGUGGCAUUCCGGCAAAAAGGCUCGUGUCCCUCAUCAAGGAGUUAAUAGUUAGAUAUGUGCAAAAUGAUUGUGCAGACCAUGCUGGUGAAAACCACCAGGUUGACACUCCUCCGAAGGUGCAGAGACAGCGAAGGGGAGUAAAUGUUCGUCGUAAUGGAAGGGAUGGCAACAGGGAUCAGGAAACUGGACUCAGUGCAGAGAAUCAGGUCAUUCUUUAUGCUUGUCUUGCAGAGCUUGCUAAAGCAGUUGGAGGAACAGAGACCCUGGUCAAGACCUUCACACCUGAUACUUUGAAAGAUCUAUUGCAGAGGGCGCUUUCAAAGAAAGCAAGGUACCCACCAUGCUUUGCAUGCUCUGCCCACCAAGGCUGUGUGUUUUUCACAUUUCAUGGAGUCUGAGAGCCCUAAAACCAAAUCUAAACUCAGAAACCUAAACCCUGAUCUUUAAACCCGAAACCCAAAACC